UGGGCGCAAAUGUAGUCAUCACUGGAAGGGAUGACCAGAGAAUCCAAUCUGUGGUCAAAAAGUGUGAAUCACUUUCCAAACAGAAAGCACUGGGAGUUAGGGCUGACUUAAUGGUGGACAAGGAUGUCAAGAAUUUGGUUGAGAAGACUAUCACAGAAUUUGGGAAAAUAGAUAUUCUCGUGAAUAACGCCGGAAUUGCAUUGAGAGCCCCAUUAGGGGACCCAAAAUAUAUCGACAUUUUUGACAAAGUGAUGAACACUAAUGUCCGUUCAAUUCAAGUAUUGACUCAAUUAGUGGUUCCAUAUCUCGAGAUUACUAAAGGAAACAUUAUUAACAUCUCCAGUGUUUUAUCAAUGACCCCGUCCUCAAGUACGAUGGCAUACUGUAUGGCCAAAAGUGCUCUGGAUAUGUUUACCAAAUGUUUGGCCCUUGAGUUGGGGCCCAAAGGGAUUCGUGUGAAUAGUGUUAAUCCGGCUAUUAUUCGGACCCCAAUUUUCGAGGCGACCAUUGAAUUGCCUUUUGUAGAGAAGUUAUGUCGAGACACAUAUCCGUUGCAACGAAUCGGUGAACCCGAGGACGUGUCGGAAGCCGUGGCAUACCUGUGCUCACCCGUCGCCUCAUUCAUAACGGGCGCCAUUUUACCGGUUGAUGGCGGAUGUCUUAGGGACCCCUCCUGGUUGAGCGCAACCAAAAUACAAUAA